UCAAUGCUGAGAGUCUGCAGCCAUCCUUCACUGCAUGCCAGCUCCUGCACAAACUGUAACAAUUUCCAAAGGAAACUGCUUUCUUGUUAAACACAAACAGAGCUCCUGACUGCACUGUACGCCGGUCCAUGAUUUGAUGGGCAAUCCGAAUUUCAUCUGAAAAGGGUUGAUCUUACAACAAGCUGUUCUUAAACUCUGGCAUCGUUCUUGAUGGUGAAAAUAACUCCUAUUGAAAGAAAAGAAAUAUAUCGUACAUCAUCAGCAUAUUCACACAAUGAGUGGGCUUGAGUGCUCAAGCAAUUACAGUGCAGAGAAUCUGACCCUCUCUGGGGACAUCUCCUCAACAGCUACAUACUGCUACAUUCUCCUGGCCCUGGCUGGUCUGACAGCCAGCAUCUUCAUCCUAAUAACCUUCAUCAGAGGCUGCAAAGGGAGAAAGAGCCUGACCAAGAUGGACACCUUCUUCUUCGCCCUUUCCCUCAGUGACCUGUUUAUAAUACUCUACUCCAUCUCUGUAAUCGCACACAGACCUGGCUACUUGAAGACUACCAGCCUGAACUGUGGAGUCUUCUCGUUCUUCUUCAACAUCAGCUACUUCAACUCUCAGUUUCUCCAAGUGACCAUGCUGUUCUUCUUGACGUUUGAGGAGAACCGUCCCGGCGUAGCUCUGCUGAUAAAAGUGCUGGACAACGCACUGGCCUGCGUGGGCCUCACAGCCCUCGGCGCCUUCCUCGGUUCAGUCUUUACGACGGCACUGCUGGAGACGGGCCAGCAGCUCAACGAGUCCGUCUGCUGCCAGCUGGACCCCCUGCAAGCAGGACCCCGGUACUACAUUGCCAAGUUCAUCGUGGGGAUCGCGCUUCCCUGCCUCCUCCUGAUGCUCCUCCUCGUCAAGUGCCUCCUCCUUUGGAAAAAGUCAGAAACCGGAAUGGGCUUGGCGGCCAGGCUCAAGGCUUGCUCUGCGUUCCUAGCUGUGGCCUCGGUGACGCUCGUCUGCAGGAUCUUUUACAACGCCGUCCUGCUCCACAGAACAGCCCUCAAGUACGGGCUGGGCAACGUGGCAGAGCUGGUGAUGUUCUCCGGGAGCUGCCUCAGCUUGGUGCUCAUCGUCUCUCUUCACAAACUGUGCCGGGAAGGCAUGGUAAGGACUCUGAAGAGCCUGACAGACCCCUGCAGGAGAAUCGGCAGGGGCGAGACUCACAGGAAUAUCAUGACAACCACCAUAGAGAUCGCAGAGCACAAAGAGGACACUGGGUCGCUGCACUCCGAGAACCUGGGAGAGGCACCUGGAACAACUGACGGCUGCGGAUAAGCAGGCAAAGGAAAGCAGAGAGAGCAGCUGGCCGUUCACCUUGCCCACUGGCAUCGACAGGAGCGCUCUCACUCACUGGCAUUUUUUACUGGACCUUUUUUAAAAGCUGUAUAAUACUAUGCUGCCCAACCCCAUUCACACUGGUAAUUUGUUCAGAGUAAGUAAUCUGAUAAUCUGUACUGCAAUAAAAAUGUCUUGUCCUCAUCCAAUGUUUU